UUCACUUUUGAAUUCGUCUCCUCACUUGGCAUCUCCGAAAUCCAAACCCAAAUCUCUCAGCAUUCUUCAGACUUGCAAUAAUGCUAUCUCUGCUUCUAGUUCUUCCAACAAACCCAAGCACCUUCACUCGCCAUUGGAAAGAAGGAAAGAAAAUGAUAAGAGUCAGAUGGAUAACGGCCCUCUUCCUAUCCUUGAGCCUCAUUUCGCUGCUUAUCCCUGUGUCGCAAUCCACCACUGAGAAAUCGAACAAGAUUGGAAAGACAACUAGAGCACCACGUCGUCUAGUCACAAUAUCAACUGGUGAUGGAAAAUGGCAUGGUGAAUGGACAAGCGAUUACAAAUUAACUUUGCAAGACCUACAAUUACAAGAUUUGGUUGAAGUUGAAGAGGACAAAAAGAAAAAUGCACAAGUGUUGGUCAGCCUCAGCAUCCAAAAGCAUGCUAGCUUUGGCUUGACGGUAGAUGGAAACAUUGUGACAUCCUUCACUCGUAAAUGCAGUAACUGCUCUGCACCUUAUUGCCGACAGAUUGAUGCAAAAUUUAAAGUAUGGAUCCUCUUGGCAAGCAGAGAUAAUCAAAAUAUACAGCUACCUGAUAUUGGCGGUGACCCUUCUGUUAUAUAUGUUAGACCGGGAAAUGAAGCUGAUCUUGAUUGUCUCAUACAAGAUACCAUUCGGCUAAGCACCCCAGUCAAAGAUACUUGCUCAGAGUUGUGUGAGAAAUCUGAGGCUACAUUACAGUAUACUGGAGGGGUAAACAGUUCUAUUGAUAAGAGAUGGUCCAGGCUAUAUGAACUAAAAAAUGGAAGGCUAUAAUUUGUGGCAUUAAUAAACUACAAACAGGAGCAGGCAAAUGUGCACUGGCUGAGGAUGCACACUAAGCACAUGCCCAACACACAUUUGGUAUUUAUAUGUAUAAGUGCGGCGUUUUAUAUGAUUUUUACUAGUUGUUUCUUAAGACUUGUGUUUUGUUUGUAGGCAUAAGUUAGUCUUUCAUAUUAGAAUUUUGAUAUAUUUGUAAUUAGAAGUCAAAAUAUAAUGCCUGUGAUAGGUAGGUUGUUUCUUCUUUUAUUUCCUCAGGAUACUGCAAUCCAGUCAGAUAUAUAGUUUUCUUUCAUAUUUGGUAAAUAACAGCACAUGUAUUGGAAUGCUCCUACGUUACUGCUUGAAUCUUAUUGUAUGUAUGCUUGUUUAACAUUUUAAAUUCCAGAACAUGUUCUCAGAAUUUGAUUAACCACUUGCUAA